AUGGUUAUCAACAAGGCAUUGCUACCGGCGGUAGCAUUGGCGACCAUAAUGAUGAUCAUCAUUAUGGCACGUCCUUCGGUCCAGGAAUCGGUUAACAUUACCAAUCAAGUAACCCAAAAAAUACUGAUCGUGCAUUGUCGAUCCAAAGACGACGACCUCGGAGCCCAUGCGGUGGCCGUUGGGGCAAGCAUCCACUGGAGCUUCGGGCCGAAUCUCUCCGGCAACACACGUUUCCGGUGCAAACUCGCGGUUCAAGACAGGCGUAUCUCUUUCGUGGCGUACAAGGAAAGCAUCGUCACCUUCAGAGACUGGGUUGUUCGUGACGAUGGAGUUUAUGUGAAGCUCUAUGAUAGUCCAGCGUUUCUGAAGGCUGCAUGGACGCGACCCGUAAUAUAA